GGAGUGGAGUGGAGUGGAGUGCCCUCAACACAAACACAUGGGGUUAAUAAUUGACCCAACUUCCACGACCAGCCGCUGGACACACGCGGUCGGGUCUUCCUCCUCAAAUCCCUGAACGUGCGUCAGACUACGUGCAGGCACGGCUAGUUAAAUCACGAGCGUAUCAGAUAAAACGCGCAUCACGUCGGACAUCGCGCAGCAGCUGCCGUGAAGCCGCAAACCCGAGGAAACCGCAGAAAUGUCCGCAUGCGAGUUUGAAUCUCUGGAGGAAUCUCUGGAGUCGCACCUGCCAGAGGCCGAGCUGUCAGAGGUGAAGCGCAUCUUGUUCGGGAAGGAAACGCAGAAGUUGGACCUCCCGUCAUGUGCUGUGAGCGCGGCCUCUGAGCGUGACUUUGAGCUGAAGGGUUUCAGGUUUGAAGCUGCACAGGAACAACUGAGGCCUCCCAGAAGGGUCCGCGUGGGACUCAUUCAGAACCGCAUCGUCCUGCCCACCGACGCCCCCAUCCUGGACCAGAUCAAUGCCAUGCACAGCCGCGUUGGUGAAAUGGUUGAAGUGGCAGCCAUGUGCGGCGUAAACAUCGUCUGCUUCCAGGAGACCUGGACCAUGCCCUUUGCUUUCUGCACCCGCGAGAAAGAACCAUGGACGGAGUUUGCGGAGUCUGCAGAAGAAGGAAACACCACCCGCUUCUGCCAAGAGCUCGCCAAAAAAUACAACAUGGUGGUCGUCUCUCCCAUUCUGGAGCGAGAGGGGCUGCACAGCACUCUGUGGAACACAGCGGUGGUGAUCUCCAACUCUGGACAUGUGCUGGGAAAGAGCAGGAAGAACCAUAUUCCCAGAAUUGGAGACUUUAAUGAGUCUACAUAUUAUAUGGAGGGCGACACUGGCCACACAGUGUUCCAGACACAGUUUGGGAACAUUGCUGUGAAUAUCUGCUACGGGCGCCAUCACCCUCUCAACUGGCUCAUGUACAGUAUGAAUGGAGCUGAGAUCAUCUUCAACCCCUCAGCUACCGUUGGAGCGCUCAGUGAGCCCAUGUGGUCUAUCGAGGCCAGGAAUGCAGCAAUAGCUCACCACUGUUUCACUUGUGCAAUCAACCGUGUUGGGACGGAACAUUUCAAAAGUGAAUUCACAUCUGGUGAUGGAAAAAAAGCUCACCAUGAUUUUGGACACUUCUAUGGAUCCAGUUAUGCGGCUGCUCCCGACGGCAGCCGCAGCCCGGGGCUCUCCAGGACCCGCGACGGACUGCUCGUUGUAGAAAUGGAUCUCAACCUGAACAGACAAAUCAGCGACAAAUGGAGUUUUAAGAUGACUGGGCGGUAUUCUGAGUAUGCAGAGGAACUUACCAAGUCUGUGAGACCUGGCUUCAAACCCAACAUUGUGAAAGAGUAGAUAUUACACUAUAGGAGAGGUAACAAUUGUGCCUUCUUUAACAAAAGGUUGCUCUGAUGUCUCUAGAGGACAACAUGUCUGCCUCAAACAAAACUGCAAUAAAGUUAUUAUAUAUUGAUAAAAUAAAAAAAUGUAAGUUAGUACAUUAUUUCAGAAGAUGAGCCUUUUCAGUACCAGUUUGUUUACAACUGUUAAAAAAUAACAGAUUUUUAUAAUUUCCCAUUUAAUUUCCAAUAUACUAUGCUAAAAAAAAUUAAAAAAUAAACCACAUAAAUUAAACUAUUUCCUGCAUUUUAAUGUUUUUGUAUAGCAUAUAUUUGCCCCCGAGGAUAAACAUGAGAAAAAUGGCUCAAAUGGUAAAAACGCAAAUUGAAGCCAUAGUUUUAUAUUGAAGGCAAAAUAUGAAACAGAGUUCAGUUCUUAUCAUAGUGUUUAUAUUUGUUAGAUUGGUUCCAUCAUGUUGUCCCCCUAAAGUAUAACCACUGUUGUUUUUAACUGUACAACUAACUUAUCUUGAUUUCUUCAUUGAAGAUUUGACAAGACCUGGAUAGAGAAACGAGUCCAUGAAACUUGCUGAACAGCGGCCGCUUACGGGUUGAUGCUAAAUGCUAAAUGCUGAGAGUCAAAGUCAGUGAACUGACUCCAUUACACACUAUUAGCCACUGUAACCAUGAGGUGGAACCAGACCAUGUCAGGCAGGAGCGGUUGAGUGUAAUGACCUGAAUAAGAGUUUAAUAUAUUGCUUAUGAAUUCAGUAAGAGGAACAAUUUUUUGUCUUUACUUUUUUUUUUUCUUUCUUUCUUUCUUAAGAGGCUCCAAUAGAAAGAUGUUGGUAUUAAAUGAGCAUUUAGGUAACUUAAUCUGAUGAUAUGGAUUGAUUGUCCCAUCAGGUUAUUUUAUAUUUAGAAUAUGCAGAAAAAUACGCAAAAACUGGGAUGGGAUUUAGUUAAAAGAUAUCAAACUGCAUUUCAAAUUGUGUUUUGUAUAACCUAAAAAGAUAAUUUGAUUUUUCAAAUGUAUUAUUACUAAUAAAUCCGUACAUCAAAGAACUAACAUUUGAUUUUAUUCAAUCUCUGGCAAACUGUUAGUAUAUAAUUUAAGGUGCAAGUAUCUCAAAUACUCGCUUGUGUUUCAGGAAAAAAACAAAAACAAGGAUGGAGCGCAUGUUCAAAUCCUUCUUUAAUCAUAACAUAUAAUAAAUGCAGCUCUAUGUUUAAUAAAAAAUAAAGUUUGAGGUUUAAAACGUGCCGUUUAUUCUUACCAAAAAGAACAACAAGGAAGAAAUAAUUUUUGUAUAGAUUA